CGAUCCUCUCUGCUGUUCUGCCGUUACCGCAAGCUCAACACCAUCGUCAAUUCUCUGUCUCUUCAGGCUCUCCCAAGCCUGCCAGUCGGGCUGCCAUUCCUUUAGCUCUGCAAUCGCUUCUACACACUCCUUAUCCAGCUUCACCGGCCCCCUUGCCAUUUUCUUCCUCACCCAUAGUCAUUCUUUCGAGUCGAAUAUCUGCAGUAAUUGUCGUUGCUUGUUUGCUACACAGUUGACCUUUGCCCGCUUAGCAUUGCCGUGCCUGUGCCUGUUUCAAUUCCAUCGCAUCUUCUGUAAAGGACGAACGCCAUCUGAAACCACUCACAAUCCGAACUAUCAGACGAAUCGAAUCGAGACCUUGACUGGUUACUUCCCUUCACACCAACCCAGCUACCAGUCGUAUCGUCGCCAUUUUUUCUGAUCGCCGCCACGACAAGUCAGACGCUGCCAAUUCUUCGAAACGAGUCUCAACCCACGAGCCAGACCGCAGACACCCUUUUGGCGAAGGGUAUAGGCUGCGACCGCCGCCAUCAUGGAGAAUAGAGGAGCAGAUUAUGUGCCGCGGUUAGGACCACGGAUUCCACCACGACACUUGCUGGGAGAAAUGGAUUCUUCUUCAGUGGUCGACUUCAAAACACCCAGCCGUGUGGUAGAACCACGAGCAGCAGAUUCAACGACCGCCAAUGGCGUCGAAAUGUGCGGAGCAAACCCUUGUGAGAAAGGUACAAGCACGUCGUCUUACACAAUACCCAUUGUAUUGGGAGCAGUGUAAGUCAUCUAAAGUCGGCUUACCCAUCUCACAUAUUGACUCUGUAAUUAGUAUCCCAGUAGUUGGCGCGAUCAUUUUGUUUGUGCUUCUUCAACGUAGACAUGUUAAAAAACAGCGGGAAGAGGAUGCCAACGACAGGCAUGCAUCUUUAGAUUUUGGAUUGGGCGAUGUGCCAAAGGCAGCACCGGGGAUGAACGAGAAAUCUACCGGCGUAUCUCGUCGUCAAGUCUCGAUGGACCUGGGUCUCGAAAGCCCUUAUGUUCUUCCUCCAGAGCUGCAACAGAGUCGGGAGUCUCUUCACUCUCUUUCCCGGACUGUCCACCAAAAAGAGGACCCGUACCGCUCUGUCUCCGCCUAUUACGGAGGUGAUGCUCGAUCAAUUCAUUCCAAUUCAAAGGGAGGCUCAUCAAUUUACACCGGUUCGAGUACACCAUCAAGAAUGCAAGAGCUGUCCACUGCUGAUCUGCUUGGAAACGCUGCUUCUAUGCCACGGAGCCCCGGACUAAGGAGCCCUGGACCAGCAUUUGUACCACCACCGCGCCAAAAUUCUCUGCCUCCAAACCAUAUGCCAGCUCCUGUUUCUCCUAUACCAGCCAUUCCAAACACCCCGAGAACUGCUGCACCACCACCUGCAAUCAACACCAAUGUCGGACAUCUCGGCUCGCCGGACGCUAACGCAAGAAAGGGGUUACCAGCCAGUCCUCACGCAGGUCGGGCAAUGACACCUACACAAAUUAACACUCCAAUGCCAACCUCCGUUGUUAUCGAAGACGUCCGUGAUUCUUAUUCCAGUAGGCAAAGCAAUAACUAUCUUGGUGAUAUGAUUGAUUCGGCCCCCGCGCCUCCUCAAAACGGUCUUGGUCGCCCACAAAUGCCUAACGCAGCCCUGCCUGCCAGCCCACGACCACCUCGUAAAGAUUCCAAGGCCGGUCCUCCAGGUACCGGUCCUGCAGGUGGUGAGGAACUUGGUGACGGAAUCAUGGUUACACCGCCAUCGCCUGGCCGUGCAAGCAAGGCUGAGGUCAUGCGCGGCCAGCGAUACUCUAUGGAUGUCCCACCAGAGGAGUUUGCCCAAGCUGGUUUGGGUGCCCCGGGAUUUGAUGCAAAGCGUUUAUCCAUGGGUUUCCGACCACUUCCUCCAAAUGCCGCUACAGAAUCAGAUGACCCAGAAAUUCGUGCCAACAGAAUUCGAUCGUUUUACAAAGAGUACUUUGACGACUCAAAGCCAGCUCCAGAAGGUGAAUACAUUGAUGACUAUGAAGAGAAUUAUCUGGGGGAUGCCGCCUAUUAUGAUCCGGACAGCAAUUCAUUUAUUAUGCCAUAUGCCGAACCAGUUGCCAGACGUGCCAUGACACCGCCUCCAGGAGGACGAAAGUUCAUGGGUCAAGGACCACCUCGCCCCCGAAACGGUUCGAUGGGUGGAGUGAGUCUCGGUGGUGGUCGACCAGGCGGGCCACAAUUCAGAGGAGUCCCAGGACCUCGAGCACAUUCUUCUGCGUCCGGACGUAUGGGUCCACCUGGACAGCAACGAGGUAGAAAACCAAUGCCACCUCCAGCAGCCCUUAAUACCAUGCCAAAUCCAUCUAAACUUCGAGAUGAUUCAUUCGCCUUGAUGCAAUCGAUGGAUUUCGCUCCACCAACAUCAAUCCGUGAGCGACAGCAAGGUCGAUCCCAAAGUCCAUUCGGAGAGAGGCGAGCAUACUCCCCAACUGUUCGGGCUUACACUCCAACUGCCAGCGCUUUUGAAGAGCUUGCUCCUAUGCCCAGCCCGUAAGUACUCAAUCAUUCACCACACAGCCCAUAUCAUGCUAACUUUCAACCUAGACAUUUGCUUAGAAGAUCUGGAACCUUUACCGCUCUGGACUUUGCUCCUCCAAAGAGAAUCAGAGACCCUGAAAACAUGAGCGAUGCUGGUAGUAUUCGAAGCAACAAGAGCGGAAUCUCUCAAAGUCAGCUCAGUGCUAUCCGUAAAGGAGCUUAUCGUGCCAGUCGUAUCCCCAAGGAAGCCGUUACCACCAAGGACGAUUUUGUUAACCAGUUAAAACCUACAUGGGGUAUGCGAGCCGACAAAUAGUUGGACCAACAUAAUGUUUUUUCGUCACGUUGACCCUCAAUUUUCCGGGCCUCGUAUUAUCGGCAUUUUGAGCGCGCAUUUAUUUUGAAUUUCUUUCUCGCGACCUACCAUUGGCAUAUUUUCUUUAUGAUGACCACCCCGCGACAAAUCCACUGGAUCAUAUUGUCGAAAGAGGAAAUGACUGUGCAAUUGUGUUUUGAUCUCCCCCAAAUUCUUCCAGCCUCCAGUAUUUCUAAUAAUUUACUGGUAAUGUCUUUAUUUUUUUCGUGUAAUAGAUUGGAGAUGGGAGCAAUUACUUAUUUUUGGGAAAGGGCGCAGACCAGUUUCCUUGGGCGCACAGAUAAUUUCUUUCACAUAUGGGU